AUCAGUAGUCUUUGUGAUCCUUUUAGAAUUCUAGAGUUCAAGAAAACUAAAAGAACCACGAAGACUAUUAAUCUUUUGAUACGUUCGCAGUCCUCGCACAGUACAUCACAGCAAUAUGCAGUCAACAAUAUUCAAGCCGAAGUUCAAGCCGACGUUCAAGCCGACACUCAAGCUGAUAUGCAAGCUGACAUAGAUGAUCAUCAAGAUGAUUAUCCAAAUAUCACGUGA